UAGUAUCUGACUUAACUUGGUAAAACUUUCAAACCAAAGAUUUUUGGUUUUUCCGUUUAAAUUUCUUUUAUAAAAGAAGAUAAUCAGACAUCAGUCAUCAGACAUCACUCACACAAUCAAAACAAACAAGAAAAGAUUUUCAGAUUUACAACUAGCAAUGGAGAAAACGUCCCUCAAGCUUGUCUUCUUGUUCUCCCUCACAGUCAUACUAUUGUCUUCAUCUUUGGGUGAUGCGAGAGACAUGGCGAAAGAAGAAGUGAAUUGCAUCGGAGGAAAAUGUCCUGAAGAAAUAGCAUCUACAAUGGACACUUUUGAGGCCAAUGCAUAUUGUCGUAGAGACAAGGAUUGCAUCCAGUUCUGUCCUAAGGGCUGCAAAAUUGUUAACUGUAAUUUUGGAACCUGUUUCUGUGAGUGUUAAGAGAUUGGAAACCACCAUAAGUUUUACUUGUAAGACAAGAGAGGAACAAGAGAUAUUAAAAUACAAUCAUCUUUA